AUGGCUGAAAAGGAGCAACAAUCGCCACUUCCACUAGCACCGGCCCGCUACGGCCUUUCCCGGAGCGACGCCGAGGCCGCUGCCAACCCAGCCGAGCAGAGAAGAAUAAACAUAAACAAACGUAGAAAAUGCUUGCUCUUCGUUUUCCUCUUCGCAGUUCUCCAAACCGGAAUCAUACUCCUCUUCACUUUCACCGUGAUGAGGAUCAGAACUCCGAAAUUCCGCGUGCUUACCGCCACGCUGGAGUUGUCCAACUCCAGCGUGGCGCUGCCAGGAAACGGCUCGCUGAGGGUGGCAAUGACCGCGGAGCUCGGCGUCAAGAACUCCAAUUUCGGCCGUUUCAGGUACGGAAGAACGGCCUUGUAUUUCUUCUACAACGGCGCGCAGGUGGGGGAGGCGGCGGCGGGGGGCGGCCGCGCGAACUGGCGGUCGACUGAGAGGCUGAAGGUGAAGGUGGAUUUGAAUGUGGCUGAUUCGGCGCAGCUUGAGCGUGAUUUGACGGCUGGAGUGGUGGCGCUGACGAGCCGAGCCGAGAUGAGGGGUGAUGUGAGGCUGGCGAUGGUGUUUGAGAAGAAGAGGUCGGCUGAGAUGAAUUGUAGCAUGGAAAUUGUUACGGGAAAUCUAAAGCUUUGA